CGCGCAUGCGCAGUAGCACCCUUACACUAACGCCAUUGAGGGACUGAACCAGCGACCAGGAGGAGAAGAGAAGAGACGAGACGAGGGUCAGAGAGGAGCUUCUUCUAUCGACACACAGUCAGCUGCUGCACGUUUCUCUACCAGGCUAACAACUUCAGAUACCACCUUUUUAACACUUGACUCUUGUGCUAUCUCCUGUGGAUUAUAUAGGGUUGACAGCUUGUUAAAUCUCCUUUAAGGGACGUGUUUUAACCGGAUACUAGAAGUAACGGAGGCUAAUAUACAGCAGUGCUAGGAGCUAGCUAACGUUAGCUAGCGAGCUAACUGGGCUAGCUAGCUAGCUGCACACGAGCUGAAGGGUGGUGGAGGUGUGCUUGGUGGAGGUGGAGGAGGUGGAGGAGGAGGUGCAGGGCGGUUUAGCCUACAGUGUCUCUGUUUGAUGGAUCCGAGGAUCGCUUGGUUUCAACCAGAACAACGUGGACCGGCUAACAACCUGUGGAUGCAGAUCUGGGAGACGACACAAGGGCUCGGCUACUUGCAUGUGAAUACCGGCUACAACACCUCCAGCACUACCAGCGGAUCUCAGAGCACAUCGAGCCUGAAAGCAGCGCUCGUCAACGGGGCGUCUGGAGCCGCCGUCCUCGCCGUGCUCGCCGGCAGCAGAAACGGCGACUACUCAUCCUCAAACACCGGCAGCAGCAGCAGCAGGACUCAGGGGAUGUCGACCUCAACGGGGGUCCGAGGAGAGAUAACGGCACAGCGGGACUUUAUACCACUGGAGAGCAGCAAGAGCAACAGCAACCACCACAACAACCGAGCCGGUGGAGGUGGAGGAGGAGGUGGUGGAGGAGGAGGUGGUGGAGGUCAGCAGCAGCAGCAGCAGCAGGGCAGCGGGGUCGCGGUGCUCUGGAGGGGUUUGACGGACGGACACCCCAACAAAAGGAAAAGAGACAACAAGGCUAGCACUUUCGGAUUCAAUUCCAGCCUCUUGAACAGUGGCAGCAGCUCCAACACGGGGAACUAUGAUGGUUACACUGGCACGCCAUGGAAAACCAGGAACUACUCAGAUGGGAUUGUUGGGUUACACGAGGAGGUCAAUGACUUCUAUGAGUACAUCUCCCCACGGCCGGAGGAGGAGAAGAUGAGACUGGAGGUGGUGGACAGAAUCAAGGGAGUCAUCCAUGACCUGUGGCCCAGUGCUGAGGUCCAAGUGUUUGGAAGUUUCAGCACUGGUCUUUAUCUGCCAACAAGUGACAUUGACUUGGUAGUUUUUGGGAAGUGGGAGACCCUCCCACUCUGGACGCUGGAAGAGGCUCUCCGGAAGAGGAACGUCGCAGACGAGAACUCCAUCAAAGUUUUGGACAAAGCCACGGUUCCCAUCAUAAAACUGACGGACUCCUUCACUGAAGUCAAAGUGGACAUCAGCUUCAAUGUGAAGAGCGGCGUAAAAGCUGCCCGGCUCAUCAAGGAAUUCAAAGAGAAAUACCCUGUGCUGCCUUACCUGGUCCUGGUGCUGAAGCAGUUCCUACUGCAGAGGGACCUCAAUGAGGUUUUCACGGGGGGAAUUGGCUCCUACAGUCUCUUCCUCAUGGCUGUCAGCUUCCUGCAGCUUCACUACAGAGAGGACGUGUGCAGUCCCAACAUCAACAUCGGUGUUCUGCUCAUUGAAUUCUUUGAGCUCUACGGUCGCCACUUCAACUACCUGAAAACAGGCAUCAGGAUAAAAGACGGCGGUUGCUACGUUGCCAAAGACGAGGUUCAGAAGAACAUGAUGGACGGUUACAGGCCCUCCAUGCUCUACAUCGAGGACCCGCUGCAGCCAGAUAACGACGUUGGUCGAAGUUCAUACGGUGCCAUGCAGGUGAAGCAGGCGUUUGACUAUGCCUAUGUGGUGCUCAGCCACGCGGUGUCACCCAUCGCCAAGCACUAUCCCAAUAACGAGACCGAGAGCAUACUUGGCCGAAUAAUCCGGGUAACACAGGAAGUGGAUGAGUACAGGGAUUGGAUCCGAAAGAACUGGGGGAGCCCGUCUCAGAAUGAUCUGCCACUCAACAGAAAUGACGUCGCACUGUUCGAGUCCCAGCAACUCGACGAGUGCAACAACAACGUUCCAGAUGACGAUGAUGACGAUGUCGUCGUAGUUCUACCGUCAGCUCCCCACAGCAAAACCUCCUCCAAUUCCUCCUCUCCAUCCCCCUCACUGCGCUCCUCUCCCUCCUCCUCUCCGCUGUCACCUUCUUCCACAUCCUCAACCUCCAGCUCUAGUGAUGCGGACUCUGAUGGCACGCCGUGUAAGACAGCCAAGCAGCAGUCUGGCCGGGGCUCCAGUGCCCACAUAGAAAAGUCUGCCGUCGUCAAUAACAACAGAACGCAGAGCCACACUAACAGCACUCCAUCUGGAAGCAACAAGGGAGGAAAGGCCAGGAUAUCUCGUUCUCACCAAAAGAGCGGCCACCACGGGCAGCAGAGCUCCUCUUCCAGCGCCAAAAGUCAUCAGAGCAACAAGCCACACCACCAGGGCAACAGCAAGAAGAGGAAAAAUGUGCGAGACUCUACACAAGAGGACCUCUGCAGAUAGGGGUGACCUUGCUUGCCUCCCCCCAAACCCCGCUCCCCGUCCUCGUCUGCAACUGACUGACUGUCCUGUCCCACUUCUGCUGCCAGACUCCAGCCUCGGGAGGUUGUUAGAAGUAUUAAAGCAUCUGCAGCAUCUGUCCCUCUGUCAAGCUUUUUCAGGGUGACAAGCAACAAUUUCUAGCAGGAAAAAAAAGAACAAAAAAAAGAAGAAUUGUUAUAGGAAAUGGGGUUUAAUUUCUUGAACCUGAACUGAAAUCACAAUGGAUAAAUGCUCAUUUGCUUCCCAGUAGCUUCUUUUAUGAAGUGGUUUUCCUUCCCACAGCCAGCAUCUACACAACAUGCCUCUUGCGCCUCCUGCUGUACAGGAAUAGACAGGUCGGGUGUCUGGAAUCUACUCUGGAGCAAUACCUGGAACUGCUGGCUCGCUGGAUGAAAAAUUUUAUCAAAAAAAAAGAAAAGAAGAAAAAAGCAAAUGGCUGAAAAUGUACAAAAACAAAUAUGUCUUGUUGGACAACAGACAAAUAUGUACACAGAUUUUAUUAAGAUGGUAACUGACAAAUGCAAUCGGUAAGAGUGGGACAUAACUUAUGCAUGAGAUUUUUUUUUUUGUUGGUUGAUUUUUCUGUUGGUUUAAUCUGUUUUGUUAUGUCUAAACAGGUUAAACAAAGAUUUGUACAAAAAAACGCAUAAGCAGAAAAAUGUAAAAAAAAAAAAAAAAGAUACAAGUAAGAAGAAAAUGUUUCAUAUUACCUUUUUACAAGAUAUACCGAUUGAAGACAUGUAAACGUGCACAUCUUGUGCCCUCAGUUUUUUGGCCAAAUGCCGAGAGCUGGUUCGGGUCCCAUUGCCAACAUAAAUCAUCAGCAUCUACUUUUACUCCUGGUUGCUCUCUGUGAGUGUGCUACAGUGUUAACAUUUAGCCUUUUCAGUGAGCCGACGCUCACAUACAGCCCUAUAGAUGACUGGAUGGAGUCACCCAGCUCUCAAUAGCACAGCCACAGCAGUGUAGAGGCUUUAAGGUUUAAAUUAAUAAGGGGUGGUAGUGGUUUUAUCGAGAAAUCCUUCACUUGAAACAAAAAAAAUGUGUUAACAAUACAACUGUGGGUGAUGAUCUGUUCCUUUUGGUAAUUUGCCCACCGCAAAAAUCAUUUGUAUUUGUUAAAUGUAUUUAUUUUUUUAUUAAUUAUAUGAACAUAGUAUGGAUAAAUGUAUUAUUAACAUUAGAGCCCAUAUCUUUGAGUCCUAUAUUUGAAGUUGCGGGGAAGGGUGGGGGUGAGAACAGUUUAUGUUCAGGUACAGUACCAACUUUAUUAUUUCAUUGGGUUUUUCUUUUUUCAGUGACAGUUGAGUGACCAAGUUACUUUGAAAACUUUUUGAGAGACCAUUUUACAAGUCCUACGCUGAGAAUUUUGUUUUAAUAUGUGGCUGGUCUACUUUAAAAGGGAGAUGAUUUUUAUUUUAUUUUAUAAAUCUAUAGCAACAAAUGCUUCUUCAAAUGUCAACCCUUUCUCUCUCUCUCUGUCAAUGCAGUACAACAACUAACCUGUAGAUGGAGUCAUUGCUCCUGGUCUGAAUCCACAGAGUUUGGUGCUUGUAUACUGCAUUUUUGGAUGGUUCAUCAUCAUCUGCAUUAUUUUUGUGAUUGACUUGAUAAUAUUUCAAAACUGAAUAGAAAAUCUGCUUGCUGAAGGGAGUUACACACCAAAGCACACCACAAUCCUUCUAUUGUCUCUCUCCCAAAUGUGACAGCAAUCACCCACAUUGACAACAAAACAAGUAGCCAGCAAUAACAACCACCUUUCAUGAUGUAUUAUUACUCCCACAAUGACAGCUGUAGCCACAGAAUGGCAUGCUCAGUGUUAAAGACAGUGAAGCACAUUUGAUAAGUCCAUGCACUAAUUUACAGCCUAUUUUUGGUGAUGAAAAGUUGAAAGUUUCUUGUCCUCCCCUCAUCCAUCCCUCUCUACAGUGUUACAGUUGCGGUUUUAAAUGCAGUAUGUAAGCGCUGGUUUUGUGGUAGACAAAACAAGGAGAAUAAAGUUAGCCGUGCCAUCUGAAUGUCCACUGACCCAUCUCUCUCUUCACUGCAGGAAACCUUCAAAACCCCAACUGUACUCAUCUGAAUUUCUCUGCAGCUAUUACAAUUCAUGCAAUAAAAACAGUACAAUUAAAAAA